AUGUCUCAAGUGAAGACAUACACCAAGAGUACCCAUAUUGAAACGUUUGCGUUUGACGGUGAUUUUUCAGAAAACCAAGCAGGGCCAGAGACUUCAGCUCCGGUAGCUUCAGGUUCUUAUAAGUCAAACUACCACAAUAAAGGUGGUAAAUACAAUGCGAAAGCAACAACGAGAGAAGAAAAUCCAACUACCAAUCUCAGUUCCAUUGAUCCUUCGAGUCAGCGAGAGCUUGAGGCCAAGCGUCCAGACCUGGCUGUGGUCUCACAAGAGGAGAGUGGAGAGGCCCUAGAGUCUAGUCUUGAAGAAGAGUCUGUAGAGAGUGUUUCGAGUUUAGAUGAUUUGGAAGAAGAAGAAUACGAAGGACAGAAAAAGAUUCCUUUACCUCUCAAUCAAAGGAAACUAUUCACAGUACCGGUAGAUAAUCCUUGGCCAGCCCCGGUGACGUAUUUAAAAGCAAUACACCCAUUCAAAACUCACAAGGGAAUUGAUUCUAAGGAUAAUGAGGCACGUAAACUUCAAUCAGAAAAAUUGAUCAACCUACUAAAGCUGGUGGAAACUUCUCAAGUCAAUAUUGACCCAAUCAUGGUCUUCUCACACAGCUAUCAAGCUGCUAGAAAGGAUGGACAAGAAUCCAAACAAGUCAGUGUACAGCCAACGUCAACAGUCUUUAUUCAACUCUUGGAAUACCUCUCAUACACCUCUCAGUGUCGUGCUCACUCUUCAGAGCUUUUUGACCACACCCGCCUUCUAGCUCAUCCCACACUACCCAUUUCAAUUUGGAUUGCGGUUUCAAAAUCAUCGGCUUCAGGAGCCAGCACUGUUGACAUCUAUAUUUCGGACCUCAAGGCCGCCGGUGUAGUGAUUUACACCAACCUUUACAAACAAAUCAAGAUGAAAUCAAUUUAA